AGCUUAAAGACAAGUGCAAGCAAAUUUUUAAUUUAAGACGAAUAUUAAAGUUAAAUUCUAAUAAUUUCAAGAUAAAACAAAGUUUUCAAAAAGUAAAAAUGAUUUUAAAGUGUAAUAAUUAAAACAAAGUGUUACAGGAAUCAUUUCAGCUUAAGAUAACCAUGGUCAUAUUUUCUGCUAUCAUUUUCAAUUAUGCCGGCCGGUCUAUUGCUUCCAAUGAAAUCAACCCCAAAAGCUGAAAAUGGAAUCAAUCUGUGCGACAGGAACUCAAGCAGCCACUAAGAAUUCAUUUUUUGGCAGCGUCUACAAACUAUUUGAUUUCUUACAAAAGGAUAGUUCCAACAAUGCCAGCAAUAACACAAAAUCCGUUGAAGAAAUGACAGUAGACGAAUUGGGUGUUUCCAGAGGUCAGUGUUUAUAUGGUUUUUUGCAUUACAUCAGCUAUAAGGACUCGCAACAAUGUCACAUGGAUGAUGAGUAUAUUUUACACCUACUACCCUCUACAACUGCCUCGGAAAGUCCUCGCAAACCACCCAUAAUGGUUAAAUGUCUGCCGGAGCAUCCCUCUAUAGUUAAUGGCACCAAUAAGUUUCGUGUUAUGGAAAGUGUGCAGGAAAUAGUGGAUUUACUUAAGCCUAUAGGCAAUAAUACCAAACGUUAUCAGCCUGGUAGCUGUGUUUUGGUAUUUUUCUAUACUCCCAGCUGUUUUACUUGCUCGUUGGUGGCCAUUCCCAUAAAUGAUUUACCGUAUGCUUUCAAAACCAUACCGGUGGCAGCCAUAGAUGCCUACAAAUUUCCCAGUUUUAAUACAGAAUUUGGUAUAGUGGCUUUACCUACACUUAUGCUGUUCCAUCAAGGCCGGCCUGUGGUAAAAUACCGUGCUCAAGGUAAUCUCAAUACUUUUGUUACCCGCCAUACAGGUCUUAAACCAGCCGAAGUGCCCAAGCAUGGCAAUCCCUCACCAUUACCUUUGAAAGUGCAACGUCAGACAGAUUAUGUACUUAUAUUGGCUUGGUUGUUUAUUUUUUGCUGUGCUGGUUUUUAUUUCUCAAAAUCACUGUUAUUUAAACAAAUUGUGGAAAUGAUUAAGCGCAACUGGAGAGAAUCUGAAGCUCAGCUGGAACAUUGAGUUUUGGAGUUUGCGGUUAUUAGUUAAGGACUACAUUUUUAGAUUGGAAGUAAAGUAUAAGGUUAAACUGGUUGUAAGAUAAGUUCUCGAAGGAUGGAAGAGCAAAUACGCAUCGAAGAGCAGCAAAAUUGUUAUAAAAUUAUGAUUCACAUCAUCUUUAGUCGAAAAUAAGUUCCAUUCAUUCCCAUAUUUGGUAUUUCUGCUACCAGAGAAAAAAGCACCACCUGCGACAGCUUUCCACAACGUCAAUGAGUGUAUAAACAAAUCCAAUUUCUGCUGGAUCGUGUAAUUCAGCCAGGAACUACGGCAGAAAUCGACAACCAUUAUUUUUUAUUAUUGUUAUAUUGUAUGCAACACGUUUUGUAAAAUUAGCUUUAAAAUUAUGCACAUAUUUAUGUAAUUCAGUCCAAUACUAUUCAGAUUUGCCCGUUUAUUAUUGAGUACGAAAAGGAUGUACUGUAGGCGCCACAAAUUUGAAAAAGUACUGGAAAAUAUCAUUUAUAUACCAUUUAAAAACAAAAAUGUAUACCAAUGCAACAAGAAUUUACAGCCCCUGUUCCAGAAAUAGCUAUAAUUGUUGAAAAAACAUCAAAAUUACACAUUUGUAGUAGCUGGAACAAAUUCAUUGUAUCAAUUUCAUUGUAUUUUUCAUAAAAUGUAUGAAUAAAAUAAAAAAAUAUUUA